AUGGAGCCUUCACAAUGUGACGUCACUCGUUACAUCAUCCUCAGCUCUUGUGACCGUUCUCUGCUGUGUGUCUCUGUAGCCACGCCCCCUCGACUCCGGCCCAUGCGCGGGCAGACGCUGGCGGAAGGCGAGCGGCUCUACCUGAAGUGCGAGGCGGCCAGCAGCCCCAGUCCCGGCUUCAGAUGGUACAAGGACGGCCACGAGCUGCAGAAAGGACGAGACCUCAAGAUCAAGACCAACAAAAAAAACUCCAAGCUGCAGAUCAGCAGAGUGCGUGUGGAGGACUCGGGGAACUACACCUGUGUCGCGGACAACUCCCUCGGACAAGAAAACGCCACCAGCUUCAUCAGUGUACAUCUAUUGAGCACCACCAGCCCCCCACCUGGAGUGAGUUACGCUCGCCCCUGUAACGAGUCGGAGAAGGCCUACUGCGUGAACGGAGGAGACUGUUACAUCAUCCACGGCAUCAACCAGCUUUCCUGCAAGUGUCCAAACGACUACACGGGAGAUCGCUGUCAGAAUUCGGUUAUGGCUGGUUUCUACAAAGCGGAGGAGCUGUACCAGAAAAGAGUCUUGACUAUCACGGGGAUCUGCGUGGCUCUGCUCGUGGUUGGCAUCGUCUGCGUGGUGGCCUACUGCAAAACCAAAAAACGGAGGAAGAAGAUGCACCACAUCCAUCAGAACCAGACCCCGUUUGUGGAGAUGCCGACCCGGAAUAUCCCCAACGGCCCCCCCUACCCAGGACCCUGUCCAGAGGAGAUCCCCAUGGACGAAUACAUCCCGAAGAGCGUCCCGACCACAGAGUGUGUGAUCAGCCACGGGGCAGAGGGAGCGGGCAACUACGCAGGCAGCCGCAUGUCCUCUCACCACUCCACCACUGCCUCCCACGCCUCGCGCUACGGAUCCAGACACGAGGAACACACGUGGAGCAUGGAGCGCACAGAGAGUAUGAACUCCGAUUGCCAGUCGGGGCUAUCCAGCUCUGUGGGCACCAGUAAAUGCAGCAGUCCGGCCUGCAUGGCACGGAGGGCGCACUGGGGCUGCACCGAGAGCUCCGCGGCCGGGAUGACUUACGGGGAAUCCUACGACUCUCUGCGCGACUCGCCUCACAGCGACAGAUACGUGUCAGCGCUGACCACCCCGGCUCGUCUGUCUCCAGUGGAGUUCCACUAUCCCCCGCUGCCCCCACAGGUGCCCACGUUUCAGAUCACCUCCCCCAACACAGGCCACGCCCUCUCCCUCCCCCCCGCCGCCGCAGCCUAUCACCGUGACAACGAACAGCCACUGCUGCGCUGCCCUGAGGACAGGAGUCUGUAUCGACAGCCGCGGCGGCCCCGCAGGCCCUACCUGACGGAGAGCACGGGCAGCCUGCCCUCCAGCCCGUACCACGUCCCAGACGAGGAAGCGUACGAGACCACGCAGGAGUACGCCUCGUCCCGGGAGCCCAUCCGCAGCCGGCGCCGGCCGCGCAGGAACCGCUUGAACGGACACAUCUCCCAGCGCAGCGCGCAGGACUACAGGGACUACAGCUCGCAGAGCUUCAGCGGCUCUGAGGAGGAGGAGGAGGGCGAGAGCACGCCCUUCCUCAGUAUGCAGAACAUGAAUGUGGAGCCAGGCCGACCCGCAGAGCCUCGGACUCACCGCGGCCUCAGUCGGCCCGGACGCUCACAGUCACACCGCUCCAAAGCUGACAACAUGCCCCUCUAA